GUUCUGAUACACGCAGAGUUUGCAGAAAUCGUGUUCCUGCGAUAAGAUCCAAGGACAUGAGCUUCCAGUUAUGUAAGGCUCUUAAAGGCUGCUUAAGUAUAUCAAGUGUGCUAAGAAACCUGGAGCUAAAUGGGUUGAUUCUGAGAGAGAGAGAUUUGACUAGUUUAACAAAGGGAUUGAGUAAAUCAGCGUCUUUGGUGCACCUGUCUCUUGCCAAUUGUCCAAUUGGAGAUGGAGGUUUAGAAAUUGUUUGUCAGGGUAUAAAGAACUCUGUCACUCUCAAGACCGUCAACUUCACAGGAUGUAAUCUGACGUGGCAAGGAGCUGAUCAUAUGGCCAAGAUCUUAAAGUACCAGACCAUGAGAAGGCAUGAAGAAACCUGGGCUGAGAGUCUUCGAUACAGGAGACCUGAUUUUGACGGCAUGGCUGGCUUAAGGCGCAUCACGCUGAACUGCAACACACUAAUUGGUGACCAGGGUGCAAGUGCUUUUGCAGACUCUCUUAGUGAGGAUUUGUGGCUCAGAGCGCUUGACCUGCAGCAGUGUGGCCUCACUAGUGAAGGAGCCAAGGCUUUACUGGAGGCCCUAGAAACCAACAGAACCCUGGUCGUUCUGGAUAUAAGAAAAAAUCUACUCAUUGAUCAUUCUAUGAUGAAAGCGGUUAUCAAAAGGGUUCUUCAGAAUGGGAGGAGUGCCAAGUCAGAGUACCAGUGGAUAACGUCCCCAUCAGUGAAGGAAUCGUCCAAAACCGCUAAGCAGAAAAAGAGAACGAUCGUCCUAGGAAACAGUCGGAAAGGAAAAGCCACCAUUAGAAUAGGGUUAGCUACAAAGAAACCUGGGAAUAAUGGGAGAAAACACGGGCUCAGUAAAGACUGCUAUGCCCCAGAUCCUCUGCCACCAGGCGCGUCAGGUUUCCUGCCCUGGCGCACUGCAGAACGUGCAAGAAGAAACAGGGGUUUUCCAUUGUUCAAAACUCGUGAUAUGCCUAACCUUCUGAAGCAAUCAGAUUUUCCUGUGACUGUGACAGUAGAGAGUCCGUCAUCCUCAGAAACUGAUGAUUUUGAGGAUUCUUCAGAAAGUGCCCAUGAAGCACCUCAGAAAAUCAGCAUAAGACAAGAUACAUUACAGGAGAAACUGAACGAAUGCCUACAGCAGUUGAAGGAGGAAAGGGUGAUCCGGCUUAAGGCUGACAAGCGAGUCAGUGAGCUGGAACAUGAAAAUGCCCAGCUGAGAAAUAUAAAUUUCUCCUUGUCUGAAGCCCUCCAUGCACAAUCAGUGACAAACAUGAUCCUGGACGAUGAAGGUGUCUUGGGCAGCAUUGAGAAUUCUUUUCAGAAGUUUCACGCUUUCCUGGACCUCCUUAAAGAUGCCGGACUUGGGCAACUUGCCACAAUGGCUGGUAUAGAUCAGUCAGAUUUCCACCUAGUAGGUCGUCCCCAGAUGAAUUCUACUGUUAGUGCACCUGUGGAAGAGCAGAUAGCUCUCGAGGAACAAAAGCCAGAUCUGGAACAGACUGCUGUGGGACAGAUGCAGAAUAUUCAAUUUCAGAAGAUUAGAGAUGAUGCUAGGAUUCCUUUGCCUCUCGACACCUCCCAAGUUCCCAUUUCUACAAGAGAAGCAUCGGUAGCCUCCAGAGACCACCUGGGAGCCUCAGCCCCUGAGCCGCAGGAGGGAUCUGCAGUAGGACUCGCAGCUAGGACAGGUUCCCCUUUAGCAGAUGGCAUUUCUGGAAGCGGGAGUCAAAGGGAAGAAGCGGUGUUGUCCAAACACAGCAGAUGUUCAGAGAAAGCUAGUGGGAAGAAUGAACACUCCAGAAAGAGCGCCCCUGAGAAGCACUCCGGGAAGGACCUGCUCUCCGACCCUGGCUCCCCUGUGAACUCAAAAAGCAAAGGUAUCGGGGACAACCGAUCCUUGCUUAAUGAGCCAAUUAAAAGUGAAUCUUUGAAAAAACACAUUUCUGUCAAGAAAGAAAACAGAAUAGUGACUGUCUCAUCCAAGACAAUCAAAAGUAAACCCAAUCCUGUAGAACAUUCUGAAAAUGAUACUCUUGGGUCUGAUUUUGAAUUUCAGGAAAGCAUCCAUUCAUCAGCACGCACCUGACGUAGGUCUAACCUUUGAAAUUAUGAUUUUGCCUUCAAUUUUUAAUAAAUUUUCUUAUGUUUUUAUUAUAGUGUGUGAUAAAAUACAGAGCUGGAAACACUA